AUGAGAUACCAUUUGAAACCUUCUUCUCCUCCACGACCUGUUGUAUCGGCUCGAAGAUUGCAAUUUGAUUCCGCUCUUGUCAGACCUUGUCAUGCUGCUUUAUUAGCAAGCUGGAUUGAUCGUCUUGGUCAAAAACGUUAUCUUUAUGAUGAAAUUCCUUAUC